AGAGUAUUUAAUUGAACGUUGUUUCUAGCCAAUAAGUCGAAACGGAAGAGAGCCCUAGAUGACAAGGAUGUUACCGAAUUAAAAUUUAAUAAUCCCAAUUUCCUGAACAUCCCUCAAGGCAACAUCAAGAUGGAACCUAGAGAUUCAACGUCGCCGAUGUACCCAAACCUGUCGCCCCAGGGCUACAACAUCAUACACGAUCCCAGCCCGACACCUUCGCCGGACACCAUGUACCCAAACUCGCCCGAGGUAUACUACAACCCCCAGCUAACGCCUGAGUCGAACUGGGAGACGGGUCCUUCGACGAGCCGCGGACCCACCCGCUCGCCCCUGAUGCAGAACCAAAUGUUCCAGAUGAACGUGGUGAAUCCCGCCUUCUCGACCGCCUCGCCCACACAGUUUGAGACUCCCAGGCAAUUGCAGUACGAGUUGUCGCCCGCCGGCGGGCAGUUUGGACAAUGGGAGGGCGCCCAGCCCGAUAACCAGACCAUUUUCAACAUGGACAAUCAGACGAUUAACUCGGUCGACCUGAACAUGGCCAACAUGGCCAACAUACCGGACCUGAAUAAUCUGUCGUUGUCGGACAUCGUGCCGGACGUGACCACUGAUAGCCUUACGAACUUGGUGAACAGUCGCGCCGAUGAUAUGUUCUUCAAGCAGUGAACAGAGGUGAUUGGUGACAAAGUGGGAACGUUUCUAAUGUGGGUUUAGGCCAAGCUUGGACCUGACCGCCGCGACACAAACGCCAACUGAUAAGAUUUUCAGAUGAACACUGUGUUCAACACAGUGUGUUGAGUGGACCGGACCAUUUGUUGUGUUUAUCUCCUGUGAUUGCAUGUCUCAAAUACAUUUUAUUGACAAGUGUGUGUACAAAGUUUUAUACAUAUACAUAAAUAAAUUUUAUAUAAAAUGAGACUUUAUAUAAAAUUAUAUUGUAUGAUACGAAUUUAUAAUAAAAGCAAUAUGUUUUAA